GAGAAAAUUAAAUUGCAUGGAUAAGGGCGGAAUUUUUAUAUAACCUACGUCAUUAUCUAUUGUGCACAACGUGACGCGUCGAUUACAGAUUAAUGCUACAUAAACUUUCUAUGCACAAUCAUGGCUGAAUUACCAACUCCAAUAAGGGAACCGGAGAUAGAAUAUACACAGAUAUUCAUCAACAAUGAAUGGGUAGAUUCUGUCAGUGGGAAGACCUUCCCAACAUUAAAUCCAACUAAUGGAAAGAAAAUAUGUGAUGUUCAAGAAGGAGAUAAGGCAGACAUAGAUAAAGCAGUUGAAGCCGCAAAGAAAGCAUUCGAAUUUGGUUCACCAUGGCAAAAGAUGGACGCCAGCAAAAGAGGUGCCCUGUUGCACAAGUUUGCUGAUCUCAUUGAGAGGGACAGAGUGUAUAUUGCUAGUCUUGAAACGCUAGACAAUGGCAAGGCGUUUAAAGAUUCCUACGGUGGGGAUCUGCCGAGGGUGGUGAAUAUAUUUAGACACUUUGCCGGUUGGACGGACAAAAUACAAGGAAAUACCAUACCUAUAGAUGGGACGUUCUUUUGUUACACGAGACAUGAACCUGUCGGUGUUUGUGGACAGAUUAUACCAUGGAACUUUCCGCUCGCCCUGUUUGCGUUGAAGGUCGCCCCUGCCCUUGCUUGUGGAAAUACAGUAGUUAUUAAACCCGCGGAACAGACACCAUUGACCGCCCUUUACGCAGCUCAGCUGAUAAAAGAGGCUGGAUUCCCUCCAGGCGUUGUCAAUGUUGUUGCGGGAUAUGGUCCUACGGCCGGCGCUGCCAUUUCUGAACACCCAGAUGUCAAUAAAAUUUCCUUUACUGGAUCAACAGACGUUGGCCAAACAAUAAUGGCAGCUGCAGCUAAAUCCAACCUAAAACGAGUUACCCUAGAACUUGGAGGAAAAAGCCCAUUGGUUGUUUGGAAAGACGCAAACUUGGAUACUGUAGUUGAAUGGGCACAACAGGCUAUUUUCUUCAACUGUGGCCAAGUAUGCACAGCUGGAUCUAGGACAUACGUACAUGAAGAUAUUUAUGAUGAAUUUGUUAAAAAGGCGACAGCUCGUGCAAAAGCUAAAACUAUUGGAGAUCCCUUUGACACUAAAAGUGAAUACGGACCACAGGUAAGUGAGGAACAAUUCAACAAGGUUCUUGAACUCAUAGAGAGUGGUAAACAAGAAGGAGCUAAUUUGGAAUGUGGCGGCCAAAGACAUGGUACAGAAGGGUAUUUCAUACAGCCAACUGUAUUUUCUAAUGUCACAGAAAAGAUGAGGAUCGGAAGAGAGGAGAUAUUUGGUCCAGUUCAGUCGAUAAUCAAAUUCAAAGAUAUGGAGGAGAUUGUAGCACGUGCAAACGACACAAAAUAUGGACUUGCAGCUGCGAUAUUUACCGAGAACAUUGACACUGCCCUAACAUUUACCAGCAGGGUCAAGGCCGGAACAGUGUGGGUUAAUUGCUACUUCAAGUCUUCACCAGCUGCUCCAUUUGGAGGAUUUAAGAUGUCCGGUAUCGGACGUGAAUUUGGGGAAUAUGGACUGCAGGCGUAUACAGAAGUGAAAAAUGUUGUCAUGAAGACACCGGUGAAACUGUGAAGUCUUUGUUACUCAAGUUCAGAUUGAACUAGACAUCGAAUAUAAAAGGAAGUUGAACAUUUAUGGAGACUUCAGUCUUUACUAUGUAACAUUAUACAAAAAGAGAAAUAUUUAUGCUAUCAAUAUAUGAAAGCAAUGUCAUUGAAUUUCAUACAAUACAAGAGUAAAUCCUUUGGACAUUACCUAUAUGUAUAAAUACUGGAGGAAUCAAGCUAAAACACUAAUUACUAAAAGAAAGCAGAAUUCAUUUUCAGAUGUCAUGAGUGCUUUGAUAUAUCCUAGAUUUUAAACUUUUUUCAUUGUAGUUCAUAGUGGAUUAAUUUGUUCAUAUUCAUGUCUUUCACUUCACUGUUUGUUACAUAAUAAUGACAGAAUUUUUACAUUUUAGAUUAUUAUGUUUGAGUAACAUGUUACUCUGGCUUUAGCCAAAUAUAUUAUCCUCUUUAAAUAAAAUAAUAAUAAUUAUUA